AAAAAAAGAAAAAGAAAAAAGUAGAAUUACCACUGUACCAUUUCCGGUUAUAACAAUAGCCCCACAGAUAUAUCACGUGCCUACAGCUGAUUGGCCCACUUACCGCUAGAGCAACGUAUUUAUCCUACGCGUGCCCGCACUUUGCCCAUCCCCUGUUAAACUAUAUAAGUCCCCAGACCCCCGCCACCGAGCGGCCACCGAAUCCGGCCAAUCUCAGCCGCUGGCCGAGCAAUUCGUAUCUCAAAAACCCUCACCCCACCGCACCGUAAAACGACAUGACAUCAAUCUCGCCGCAAAACCAUGCGUCCGCCUCCGCGCGAGAGGAAUCUCUCCGCCUAUUGCCCUCAUCCGGCGCCGUCUCCACCAGGACGGCGGAGCCCGACGACGAGGAGGCGGCGUUCGAAGCCGGCGAGAAGAUCCCGAUCGGCGGCGACGGAUUCGAGCUGGAAUCUCCGGAUUGCGCAGCGGCGCCGCCGUUCUCGUUCCGGAAGCUGUGGCUGUUCACCGGCCCGGGAUUCCUGAUGAGCAUAGCGUUCCUGGAUCCGGGGAAUUUGGAGGGGGAUCUCCAGGCGGGGGCCGUCGCCGGGUACUCGCUGCUGUGGCUGCUGAUGUGGGCGACGGCGAUGGGGCUGCUGAUCCAGCUGCUGUCGGCGAGGAUUGGGGUGGCGACGGGGCGGCACCUGGCGGAGCUCUGCCGGGGAGAGUACCCGUAUUGGGCGGGGAUUGUGCUGUGGUUCAUGGCGGAGGUGGCCCUCAUUGGGGCGGAUAUUCAGGAGGUGAUUGGGAGCGCUAUUGCGAUCCAGAUUUUGAGCCGCGGUGUGCUGCCAAUUUGGGCUGGUGUGCUAAUUACUGCUUCUGAUUGCUUUAUGUUUUUACUUCUUGAGAACUAUGGAGUGAGGAAGUUGGAAGCUGUGUUUGCAGUUCUGAUUUCGACUAUGGCUCUAUCAUUUGCUUGGAUGUUUGCGGAUGCCAAGCCUAGCAAAACCCAACUUUUAAUUGGACUCUUGGUCCCAAAACUCAGCUCGAGGACAAUCCGCCAGGCAGUAGGCGUUGUGGGCUGCGUGAUAAUGCCACACAAUGUGUUUCUACACUCUGCCUUAGUACAGUCGAGAGAAAUCGACCCCAGAAAGAGUGGUCAAGUCCAAGAGGCCCUCAACUACUACUCGAUUGAGUCCACGGCUGCACUCGCAGUCUCUUUUAUGAUCAACUUAUUUGUCACAACUGUUUUUGCGAAGGGAUUUUUCGGAAGUGAACAGGCAAGCAGUAUAGGCCUUGUUAACGCGGGCCAGUAUUUGGAGGAAAAAUAUGGUGGUGGGAUUUUUCCAAUACUUUACAUAUGGGGGAUAGGGUUAUUAGCGGCUGGGCAGAGUAGCACUAUCACAGGAACUUAUGCUGGGCAGUUCAUAAUGGGAGGUUUUCUCGAUUUACGGCUUAAGAAGUCGGUUAGGUCUUUGAUCACGAGGAGUUGUGCGAUUGUGCCGACUAUGGUGGUGGCUUUGAUUUUUAAUAAAUCCGAGUCGUCCCUGGACGUGUUGAACGAGUGGCUUAAUGUGCUGCAGUCGAUGCAGAUACCUUUUGCGCUUAUUCCGCUUUUGACCCUGGUGUCGAAGGAGGAGCUGAUGGGAGUAUUUAAGAUUGGCCCUAUGCUUGAGAGGGCUGCUUGGACGGUAGCUGCACUAGUGAUGGUGAUUAAUGGAUAUCUUUUGCUCCAUUUUUUCGUCUCUGAAGUUAAUGGGCUGUUGUUUGGCUUCCUAGUCUCUGCUGGAACUGCAGCUUAUGUAGCAUUCGUGGGUUCAUUGGACAUGUCAAGUUCUCGACCUCAAAGUAAAGGCCUGAUUAUGGAAAAUACCCAAGUUUUAGCCUAUGUGCAAAAAUCCUGGCUUGACCAAGCAAUCUCGAACUUCACGCUGAGGAGGCUUCUUUUACCUCUAGCUAAAUGGGCAACAGAGCAGACUCAGCUGCAAAAUGUAUGUAUCAUUUGUACUCUGGACUCAACUAAUUCGAUUCACGCCAUCGGUUUUACCUCUGCUUCAUCUCCUCCAAACAUCGCCUCAGCCACCCAAGAUUUUAGCAACAAAUCAUCCUUCAAAGCCAAACACUCCAACACUGACGGCUAA